UCCCCCCCCCCCCCGACUCGGUCGCCGGGUCAAGUGUCGCGGAGAGAGAUAUCGACGGACGAGGGAUAUCGACGAGCGUUACAGGAGAGUUGUCAGGAAGGAGUGUACGGACGGUAUACCAGGAGGAGUAAACGGGAUCGUGUUGCAGACGCGCAGUAGUGUGGGGAGAGUUGCACGCGACAAGUAGUAGCGGACUAACGAGGGAGGCCCGGUAGCAGAGGACACGGAGUAACGACGGGGUGACACGGUAAUCGCGCGCGGGGGGCGGCGCGGGAUUGCACCGCCGCCGGAUUCAGUGACAGCGGCUCGCCGGUGGUCGAACCGGCUGACAGAGGGCUUCGGUGGAUCAGCUGGUGCCCCGCGAUCCACCGCGAUCCACCGCGAUCCACCGCGAUAUAUAAACGCGAUCCUCGGCGGAUCGUUUCAUCAAUCGGGGGUGGAUCUAUACGUGCAGCAUGUACAUCCGCGAGGACGGCGAACAUGCGAGCACGCUUAAUCCAGCACGCACGUAUGUGUAACCAUACGCGGCUCGCCAUCGACGGGGGAUUCAAUUAAGCCUGCCGCGAGGAAGGUCAAGUACGCGAUGCGAGCGACGCGGGCUCGGGUGCCCGGGUUUUAAUUAAAACUCUCGCCCGCGGGAUUUCUCAUUAUUAUUGCGCGCGCGUCUCGCGUAUUCGAGAUUAAUUAGCUGCGUCAGGAACGAGAGCGGCAGCGGCGCCGACGGCCGGGUGAAAGAGCGACACGGGGGAGAUCGUGACUGGUCUCCCUGGUUCAUAUAUCUGUGUUCUCUUAAUAUCCGUGUGACAAUUUCCGUGCGACGUGUCGCGAGCUUGUGUCGAGUCCUGGCGUUCUCUCUGUCGUCAUGAACGAGCUUCUUCUCCGGUCGCGGUGCGGCUGGCUCGGUUAGUGAUUGUGAACAGGUCUCAACAGCGGUACUCCCGAAAUAGUGACGGAUAGUGCAGUUGCGUGAGGAGUUAACAGUCGUUUUGAUAAUUAGAGACAGGCGGAAGUAGCGGGCGUCUCAUUUCUGACGCGCUCCCGACGACGAUGUCGAAGUAGGACGAUCCUCGACGAUUGGCAAUAGCUCGUUCUAACGCACGGAAGACGCGUAUUAUGUGAGGAGGAAGCCGCGACGAGGGAAACGAAGAUGUCCGCCGUCAGCGUCGUCGCAUGGUUGCUCGGCGCCGUCGCUCUGGCUGCGAUUAAUAAUGAGGUACAUUGCCACAACAUGCCACACGGCGGCAGCAGCAAGAGCGGCGACACAUACAACCAGAAUGCUCUGGAAGAGGCCGCGCGAUCGGGGCCGUAUUUCGACAAAUCGGCCUCGAAGAACGUGACCGCCCUGUUAGGAAAGACCACGUACCUCAACUGCCGUGUCAAAAACUUGGGGAACAAAACGAUGACGCUACAAGUAUCGUGGGUACGGCACAGGGACGUCCAUUUGCUCACGAUUGGCCGUUACACGUACACGAACGACCAGCGAUUUCGAGCGAUCCACAACGCCCAUUCGGACGACUGGACGCUCCAAAUAAAAUAUCCGCAACAUCGGGACAGCGGUAUUUACGAGUGCCAGGUCUCCACGACGCCCCACAUGAGUCAUCUAGUCCAUUUAAAUGUAAUCGAGCCAAAAACCGAGAUCCUGGGUGCGCCGGAGCUGUUCAUCAAUCGGGGUAGCACCAUCAAUCUCACGUGCGUCGUUCUGCAAAGUCCAGAACCACCCGCCUACAUUUUCUGGAAUCACAACGAUGCGAUAAUCAGCUACGACUCGAGCAGAGGCGGCGUCUCCGUGGUCACGGAGAAGGGUGACAGCACGACGAGUUUCCUCCUGGUGCAAGAAGCGAAGCCGUCGGACUCGGGACGGUACACUUGUAACCCCAGUAAUGCUCAACCGAAAUCGAUCACCGUACACGUACUUAACGGUGAGUAAUCGAUGACGCGAGGAAGGACGCGCUGGCUUUUUGCCCGCUCGUGAUUAACAACGAUCGUGUACAUUAAAAAAAAAAACCACGUCGGA